GCGGCGGACGCACUCCGAGCUUCGGGCUGGGCGGCUCCGCUUCCCUCGACCGCAGGCUUCGCCCGAGCCCAGCACUGUCAGCAAAGGCUCGACCCUGCUGCGGGUUCGCCGUAUUUCCCUGGGGACUCCCGGACCCGCAGCCUCCUCCCUCGAGCUGGCCCGCCGGGGACCGCGACCCCCGGCCACCCCCGGAGCCAGGCCUACGGCAGCGAGCCCGCGGGAGGCGCGGGGCGCGGGGCGCGGGCGGCCCCAGGCGGCGGCGUUGCGGCUCGGGCCGCGGCGCGAGGCCGGCCGGCCGGCGGGGGGAGGCGGGGGGCGCCAGGCAGCCCCGCCUUUUCCCCGAGGAGGUGCAGGGCGGCCAUAUUGCGGAGCUGUCUGCGGCGGUGGCGGCGCCUCUAGUCUCCCGCGGCCCAGCGCUCGCACCACUGCCUCUCCCUCCCUGCCGCAGCCGCGCCGCCGCGCAGCGCCCCAGCCACACGCCGGCGGGUAGGAGCCGCUCGCUCUCCGGAAAGUGACAACAGAAUUCACAGAAGUGAAGAAUUUUUAAGAAGGUAACGGAAAGAGAACGAAAAUGCCGAAACCAAUCAACGUAAGAGUAACUACAAUGGAUGCUGAGCUGGAAUUUGCCAUUCAGCCCAAUACAACUGGCAAACAACUUUUUGACCAGGUGGUGAAAACAGUUGGUUUGCGUGAGGUCUGGUUUUUUGGGCUGCAGUAUGUAGACAGCAAAGGUUAUUCUACAUGGCUUAAACUAAAUAAAAAGGUGACACAGCAAGAUGUUAAAAAAGAGAAUCCUUUGCAGUUCAAGUUUAGAGCUAAAUUUUUUCCUGAAGAUGUUUCUGAGGAAUUAAUUCAAGAAAUAACCCAGAGACUCUUCUUCUUGCAAGUUAAAGAAGCCAUCUUAAAUGAUGAGAUAUAUUGCCCGCCAGAAACUGCAGUUCUUUUGGCCUCCUAUGCUGUCCAAGCCAAGUAUGCAGAUUAUAAUAAAGAGAUUCAUAAGCCAGGAUACCUGGCUAAUGAUAGACUCCUACCCCAGCGUGUAUUGGAACAACACAAACUAACAAAAGAACAGUGGGAAGAAAGAAUACAGAACUGGCAUGAAGAACAUAGAGGAAUGUUAAGGGAGGAUUCUAUGAUGGAAUACCUGAAGAUUGCACAAGAUCUAGAAAUGUAUGGAGUCAACUAUUUUGAAAUAAAAAAUAAAAAGGGAACUGAACUGUGGCUAGGUGUUGAUGCUUUGGGUCUGAAUAUUUAUGAGCAUGAUGACAAGUUAACACCUAAAAUUGGUUUUCCCUGGAGUGAAAUCAGAAAUAUUUCAUUUAAUGACAAAAAAUUUGUUAUAAAGCCAAUCGACAAAAAGGCACCUGAUUUUGUUUUUUAUGCACCUCGUCUGAGAAUCAAUAAGCGGAUUUUGGCCUUAUGUAUGGGAAACCAUGAACUAUACAUGCGAAGAAGGAAGCCUGAUACUAUUGAAGUACAACAGAUGAAGGCUCAGGCUAGGGAGGAGAAACACCAGAAGCAGUUGGAAAGGGCACAAUUAGAGAAUGAAAAGAAGAAAAGAGAAAUAGCAGAAAAGGAAAAGGAAAGAAUAGAACGUGAAAAGGAAGAGCUAAUGGAACGUCUGAAACAAAUUGAAGAACAGACAAUUAAAGCCCAGAAAGAACUAGAAGAACAGACUCGAAAAGCUCUAGAACUGGAUCAAGAACGAAAACGAGCAAAAGAAGAAGCAGAGAGGCUUGAAAAGGAGCGUCGAGCUGCUGAAGAGGCAAAAUCUGCCAUAGCAAAACAAGCUGCCGACCAGAUGAAGAAUCAGGAGCAGCUAGCAGCAGAACUUGCUGAAUUCACUGCCAAGAUUGCACUUCUAGAAGAAGCCAAGAAGAAAAAGGAAGAAGAAGCUACUGAGUGGCAGCACAAAGCUUUUGCAGCCCAGGAAGACUUGGAAAAGACCAAAGAAGAGUUAAAAACUGUGAUGUCUGCCCCCCCUCCACCUCCACCACCACCGGUCAUUCCUCCGACAGAAAACGAACAUGAUGAACAUGAUGAGAAUAAUGCUGAGGCUAGUGCUGAAUUAUCAAAUGAAGGGGUAAUGAACCAUAGAAGCGAGGAAGAACGUGUAACAGAAACACAGAAAAAUGAGCGUGUUAAGAAGCAACUUCAGGCAUUAAGUUCAGAAUUAGCCCAAGCCAGAGAUGAAACCAAGAAAACACAAAAUGAUGUUCUUCAUGCUGAGAAUGUUAAAGCAGGCCGUGAUAAGUAUAAGACUCUGCGACAGAUUCGGCAAGGCAAUACAAAGCAGCGUAUCGAUGAGUUUGAAGCAAUGUGGGGACCCAAACUGUAUGCGUUGUUCCAGAUGCGCUCUUGCCAAAGCAGCAUAAAGCAAAUGUAACCCUUAGGAAGAAGGCUCCCCCCCCUCACUAGGCCCCUGGCUACUGACGUAUGGCAAGCUUUAGGGUAAGGACAUACCUGGUGUUCUGAAUGUGUGUAUCCUCCAAAGUCUGCAAUCUCAGCUGGAACUGGGUGGACCAGUAUUCCCUCAACCAGGGCCCUGGCUGAUGGUUCUUUCCUCAUCUCCGUUAACUGUUGGAUUUCCCUUUCUUGCUGUUCUCUCUGUCUCCAAACCCCUCUCAAUUGCCUUUCCUAAAGACAGACCUUAGCAAGAUAGGCCAGGACUUGGGACCUCGCACGGCACCCUGCAGUCCCAAGCCAGCAUCUACUGCAUCCCAUCUUUAAGACUCUAUUCCCCAAACAGAUGCUGGAAGGCAUCAGCUUCUGAGAACCCACUUUUUUCUGCAUGACUAGCUUGUAAGGAGGAAUCUAUGGAGAGGAUUUCCAAGAAUUUCCCACUUU